GUAUUUUCGUAUUUUCGUAUUUUCGUAUUUUCGUAUUUUCGUAUUUUCGUAUUUUCGUAUUUUCGUAUUUUCGUAUUUUCGUAUUUUCGUAUUUUAUUUUAAUACAUACAUUCAUACAUAUAUUAUGAGUUAUCAUUAUACAUCAUAUUCAGAAACUACGACUACUACUAAAUCUGCUGGAGGACGAACACAUACAAGAACAACAACAAGAACAACAACUUCUACACCUGAAUUAGGAACGAACUCUUCUGUCACUAUUCGCGAAUUAUCAGAAAAUGAGCUUUCUGGAUUAUCAUUAGAGACGACACAAAACUAUGAAAUUGCAGAUGAUGAUAGAUUAACUAAAUAUGACUUUUAUGCUCUAAUGAAUUCUGAAGAUGAAGACUCUGAUAGUGAAUCAGAAUCUGAUGUAGAAUAUCAUUGGUUUCCUUCUUUAUUGAGAAACUCGAUUAUUCAAUUUUUGGACGAUAAAGAGCAGGAAACAUACAUGGAUGAUGAUACAUAUGAUAAUAAAGUAGAAAUUGAGGAGAAUGAUGAAGAUAGUUUAUAUGAUAAAUCAGAAGAAGACGACGACGACGACGACGAAGAAGAAGAAGAAGAAAAUGAGGAUGAUACACAUUAUAAAAGUCUUAAUAGAAAGAGACAAUAUUGUUAUCAUUUAAAGAAGCAUCUAAAAAAAUCUAGAAAAUCUGAACAAGUUCCUGUUGAAGUGUUUCGUAUUAUUCUUUAACUUAUAAAAUGUACUUGCGUGUAUAAAUAAAUAAAAAGAAGAAGACAAAAAAAAAUUUACAUUGU